UUGAAAAUAAACGUCACACGUUGUUAGCAGCAUGUAUUGAGUCUAUAAUACGUCGGUCAACAUGCAACACUGGAAAUGCUGUCCGUUCUUUGUCUUUCUACUUGUGAGCUCAACACUGGGGGAGGACACAGUGGCAGAAGACAUCGGCGUCCACCAGCUGGAGCGUUUAGUGGAGUUGCUGACAUCCAGCGAGUGCGAGGACCUCCUGCUCGCCCUCUCACACCCAGAGGAGAACAUCUUUCAGCACCUUGAGCGCCUCUCGCCAGAAAGAAAUCAACUGAAUCUCAAGCGUCGAGGCAAGAGGGACACCUCCUCUGCUGCAGAUAGUGAAGCCCAGUGCCGGACGGCCCUGACAGACUGGCUGCUGAGGUACGGAGAGCAGACCUACUACGACAGGCUUUCUCGUGCCUUGCAGCACAUCGGCAGAACAGACAUCGCAAUUGAAGUCGGGAAAAACAUCAACCAGGACAAAGCCCUGAGCCUGAAACGCUUUGUUGAAGACUAUCACAAAUACGUCAACUCCUUAAACAUCCCACUGAUGAAAUCACACACAAAGGACCAACGGCGUGAGAACCAGAGGGCCAGAAGAAGAAACGUAAGGGAUUUGACGUGGCGUGACCUGGAUCUGAUUGUGGAGCGGGCUCCUGUUCCGCAGUACCAGAAGGGACCUUUGGAUGUGGCUCUGCCACUCUUGUAUGGCCUCCUGCUGGGUUUUGGAGGUACCUUGCUCGUGGGCGUCUCUAUACUUCUCGUCGCCGUCCGCAUCUCCCAUGGAACCAAACCAAAGGGUGGCGUCACCAAAGGGUCACCAGCAGCUCCGGCAGCAACUUUGUAACGCUGGAAGAAGCAGCUUAGGGGUUUAAAUUGUUCAGUACCAACAUUUAAUACGUGCACAAAUAAAGACAAUGUACAUCA